AUGGGCACCCUGAGCAAGCGGAACGGGCCCGGGCAUCUGGGUUGUUUCUUGCUCGGGGCUCUCCUGCCCACUGCCUUCCUGCUCUUCGUGGACUCCGACAGGGCUGGAGCGCUCUUGUCGAGCAUGUCGAGCUUGGGGUUGGGGAAUGGGCUGCGUAGCAACCUCACAAGCCACGGCGGUUCAGCGCCUGCCGGUGCCGGAGAAGACGACCAGGUCAUGUUCAAGGGCCUAGCCGAGCUGCUACCGAGGGUUGCCAUGGACGACAGGACGGUGAUCAUCACGUCUGUGAACGACGCAUGGGCGCAGCCGGGCUCCCUGCUGGACCUCUACCUCGACAGCUUCAAGAACGGCGAGGACACCGCGCACCUCCUCAACCACCUCGUCGUGGUCGCCCUCGACGCCCGCGGGUUCGACCGCUGCAAGGCCGUGCACCCUCACUGCUACCACCUCAACGCCACGUCCGUGGACAUGAGCUCCGCCAAGCGGUUCAUGAGCCCGGACUACCUGGAGCUCGUCUGGACCAAGCUCGUCUUCCAGCAGCGCGUGCUGGAGCUCGGCUACAACUUCCUCUUCACGGCAAGAUCAUUCUUCACCAAGACUCGCAAUUUCUUCGAUAAUUAUCUUUAA